GUAAUGAAAUCACAAAACUGCCCUUAUUCAUUAUUCUAUCAAUGUAUAUAUAAAGGGUAAACGAGUAAUAUUCUCAGUCUCUCACUCUUCCAUCAACUCCGACCUCUCACAAAGUUGCAGAAGCAAGCGAAGUAGAUUGCUUCCAACCCAAGGCGGUGAUGGUCAAUGCUUCCCGAACUCUACACAAGUACGGCGCGCCACUCUACAGAACCAUAAGGCCACUUCUUCACCAUCACCACCACCACUAUCAUCACAACCACCAUCUCCAUCUGCAACCACCGUUGGAUUCUCAUUCCUACGCCGCAUUGCUCCAACAAGCGAUUCAAAACCGCCACCCCAAUGCAGGGAAGCAACUGCACUGUGAUAUCCUCAAGCGAGGCGCUCCUCUCGACUUGUUUGCUCACAACAUUCUCCUUAACUUCUAUGUACAAUUUGAUUGUUUGGAUGAUGCGUCCAAACUGUUUGAUGAAAUGCCCCUUACAAACACCAUCUCUUUUGUCACCUUGGCUCAGGGUUGCUCUCGUUCCCACCAAUUUGAUCAUGCCCUUCACGUCAUUCUCAGGUUGUUCAAAGAAGGACAUGAGGUGAACCCUUUUGUUUGUACUACUAUUAUCAAGUUGCUGGUGAGCAUGGAUUUGCCUCACGUGUGUUGGACUAUCCAUGCUUGUGUUUAUAAGCGUGGCCAUCAGGCUGAUGCGUUUGUUGGGACUUCCCUUAUUGAUGCCUACUCUGUUUGUGGAAAUGUUGAUGCUGCCCGUCAAGUUUUUGAUGGCAUUUUCUGUAAGGACAUGGUGUCUUGGACUGGGAUGGUAGGUUGUUAUGCUGAGAAUUGUUUCUAUGAGGAGUCCUUGCAACUUUUCUGCCAGAUGAGGGUUAUGGGGUAUAGACCUAACAAUUAUACCAUUACAGCCGCGCUUAAGUCUUGUCUUGGUCUGGAGGCGUUUGGUGUUGGGAAAAGUGUUCAUGGAUGUGCUUUGAAAGCUUGUUAUGAUCAGGAUCUUUAUGUUGGCACCGAGUUGCUUGAAUUGUAUGCUAAGUCGGGAGAUAUUGUUGAUGCCCAACUGUUUUUUGAGGAAAUGCCAAAAAAAGAUGUUAUACCUUGGAGUCUAAUGAUAGCGCGAUAUGCUCAGAGUGACAGAAGUAAGGAGGCUUUGGAGUUGUUUCAUUGUAUGAGGCAAUCAUCUGUUGUCCCUAAUAAUUUUACAUUUGCUAGUGUGCUGCAAGCUUGUGCCGCUCAAGUUUUGCUCAUUUUGGGAAAGCAAAUUCAUUCUAAUGUACUGAAAGUUGGUCUGGACUCAAAUGUGUUUGUGUCAAAUGCCCUCAUGGAUGUUUAUGCCAAGUGUGGAGAAAUUGAGAACUCCAUGAUAUUGUUCAUGGAAUCGCCAGAGCAGAAUGAAGUUACAUGGAACACUAUGAUUGUUGGUUAUGUUCAGUUAGGGGAUGGGGAAAAAGCAAUGAAUUUGUUUUCAUCUAUGAUUGGAAAUGACAUGCAGCCAACUGAAGUGACAUUCUCAAGUGUUCUCCGUGCCUGUGCUGGUUUUGCAGCAUUAGAUCCAGGGCUUCAAGUUCAUUCUUUAACAAUCAAAACCAGGUAUAACAAUGACAUUGCAGUUGCUAAUGCUUUGAUAGAUAUGUAUGCUAAAUGUGGAAGAAUUAAUGAUGCCCGGCUAACAUUUGAUAAGAUGGACAAACGAGAAGAAGUUUCAUGGAAUGCUAUGAUAUGUGGAUAUUCUAUGCAUGGCUUGAGUACGGAGGCUCUAAAUUUGUUCAACAAGAUGCAACAAACUAAUUGUAAACCUAAUAAACUAACUUUUGUUGGCGUCCUGUCCGCAUGUAGCAAUGCAGGGUUGUUAGACAAAGGACAAUCCCUCUUUAAGUCAAUGUCACAAGACUACAACAUUGAACCAUGUAUAGAACAUUAUACUUGUAUGGUUGGGCUUCUUGGAAGACUGGGCAAAUUUGAUGAAGCAGUGAAGCUCAUUGGAGAAAUUCCAUUUCAACCUAGUGUUAUGGUGUGGCGUGCAUUGCUUGGGGCUUGUGUCGUCCAAAAGAAUAUUGAUCUAGGAAGAUUUUGUGCCCAGCAUGUACUUGAGAUGGAACCCCAUGAUGAUGGAACCCAUGUACUUUUGUCAAACAUGUAUGCAGUUGCUAAGAGAUGGGACAAUGUUGCUUCUGUUAGAAAGAAUAUGAAAAGGAAAGGAGUGAAGAAGGAACCAGGCUUAAGCUGGGUUGAAAACCAAGGUGUGGUUCACUAUUUCAGUGUGGGGGACACUUCUCAUCCUGACAAUAAACUAAUAUGUGCAAUGCUUGAAUGGUUAAACAAGAAAACUAGGGAUGCUGGAUAUGUUCCUGAUUGCAAUGCUGUUUUGCUUGAUGUAGAGGAUGAUGAAAAGGAGCGUCACUUGUGGGUUCAUAGUGAAAGACUAGCAUUGGCCUUUGGACUGCUUCGAAUUCCAUCAACAUGUUCUAUUCGUAUCCUGAAAAAUCUCCGUAUAUGUGUAGAUUGUCAUACUGUUAUAAAGCUGAUAUCAGAAGUUGUGCAACGAGAAAUUGUUGUCAGAGAUAUAAAUCGUUUCCAUCAUUUUCAGCAUGGGGUUUGCUCCUGUGGUGAUUACUGGUAACUGAUGUAGUCCAAUAGGAUACAGCUGAUUUCAGUUGAGGGCAGGAGAGCUUGGAUGUCUCUCAUUGUGAAGAAAGUGCAAGUUUCAGAAUCUUUUAGGUAAUUCCAUAUAUACAACACUGGAUGAAUGUUUUAAAUUAUUUAGGCAUUUGUAUUAGUUCACCAACCAUUCCUUUUUAUACUUGAUUUGAGGAAUAAUCCAUUUCAAAUAUGCUUUCUGGUGAAGUUAAUAAUAUAAUAACGUAGUAUGUUAGUACUUGUGGAUAUUUCCUGUGUAAGUUAUUGUUUGUCUGUUGCUGGAUAGAUUAUCUGGUCUCCUUAAAUCAGUUUGUUUAACUGGAUGGUAUGGAACUUUGACUGUUCAUCCAUACUUCUCAUUUUUCCAUCAAUUUUGGGAAUACUGAAAUUAGAUGGAGCUCAUCCUGUAUCUUUUAUAGAUUUCCUGCCAGAAAUUUGAUUAGUCCAACAAGGUUGAAUAGACCGAGGAACACAACUUCCACUUUGAUUGAAUGAACAUUCCUCUAAAUUGGGCACUGCAAACCAAUCUAAUUCAGUCAGUAAUAUAUGUAGAUUUUAAACAAGCUUUUGCAGCCACCAGCCAAUCCCUUCAAUAGGGAUGAUGCAAGGGUUUGUCUAUCAUAGAACAUCGGGAAUGCAACCCCAUCAUCAGGUAAAAUACGAUGCCACCCGUUGAACUUGCAACAUUUACAGGUGAGAGUCUAAGAACAACCUGAUGAAGCUAAUGAAGAAUCAGGACUGAGAAGAAGAAAAAUUCAAGCAUCCUGCGGUAUGAUCAAAUCAUCAAAUAUUAUUUGCUGCAUCUUGAGUCACAAUUAACAAUCCCUUGUUGCUGCCCAUGAAAUUUUUCCUACAAAUUUGAAGUUAUGGAACACCAGUAAAACCUUUUAUGGUUUUUUGGUGAAUUAAGUUAAACAACGAUAUAAGUAGACUUAUUUUCCGUAUUGUGUUAUCAUAAUUUCAUUUAUGGUCAUGCAGUCCUACAGUCUAUUAUCAGUUUAAUUCUAACAACUCUGUUUUUUGUCAAUUAGCAGCCUCCAUGACCUGUUUUUUGUGAGCUGUAUACAUUGUAGUUGAGGCAGCAUUUGAUAUGGAUUCUGUUGAAAACAACCAGAGAUUUCGCAAAAUGCAGAAAUAAAUAAAUGAAUAAGUAGCCUAUGAUACCGAAUAACAACUCUUAACAGAAAAGAGGUUCUGUCUGUGCAUAGGAAAAUUAUGAUUUCUUCUGAAUAUGUUGCCCUGUCCUCAUAAUAAAUGUCACCAGUUAUGGGUUAUUGUUGUUUGUUAGAAAUGACUCCAAACAGCUUGUGUUAGGCAUGCCAGUCAUUGAAUGUGCUGUGAAGUCCUUCUUCAAAUUCCGUUGGGUCUAUUAUGCUGUGCCUCUAGGAUGUAAUCUUCAGAUGAAGACAGGACAGGACAUGUGGCUAUUAAUGUGCUUCAGCACCAUGGUACACAAUAAUAGUAGGUUGUAUUGAACUAGAAGCUUGUCUGUAGCGCCCUCACUCGUCUCUGUCAGGUGAUUGAUGCAUCCAUGAAAAAGUUCCAUGUAAAAGUAGCUGCUGACAAUUUCAAAGUAGGUUGUGAAGUUUGUUACAUCUACUACAUUACCAGUGGAAGAAAGAAAUCUGUUGAGAAUUCCCCCCUUCAUGUAGAGACUUAAGGGGUAUUAUGAGGUGCUUUUUAUGGUUGAUGCCAUUGAUGAAUAUGCUGUUUGUCCAAGGAAUUUGAGGGAAAGAAGUUUAUCUAGUGAAGUAUAUUUAUAAGAGAAAAAUGUAUACUCACUAACAAUGUAAUUUUUUCCCCACUAUCAACGAAUUAGAUUUUGAGGAUAUGAGAUGUUAGUCUACUUCCUUAAUCCUAACAUCAGCUGUUUCAGAUAUAACCUACAAUAUUUGUGAUGAGUCUUUGGAAUUUGAUCUUCUUCUUCUCACUUGUCAUCGACUGAAUGAACUAAUAGAGUACCAGUUUCCCUCAUAUUCUUUGCACAACCGUAAUGGAAUUCCAGGUAGCUCUUUCGCCCCACCAUUCG